CAGAUAUCAGCAACAAACUUUGGAGCUGAGGACGCGAGAGUAAGCCAAGGAGCGUUCGCUUUCCAAGACAGCUCUUAGCCCUUUAGGGUAUAUAUUGGCUGUAUUGUAACGAGAACUCAGUAUGGACGUCCUGAAGUCAGCCAAAAGGGCUAUUCGCAGUCCAGGUCUUGGCCAACAGUCGUGGAGCGCUGGUAAACACCAAAAGCUUCCAGAGGACUGGACAGACACCAGGGAGACCCUCUUGGAGGGCAUGACCUUUAACCUACGACACUUGGGAAUGACUCUUGUCGACCAGCCCAAAGGCGAGGACCUGUCAGCUGCUGCUGUCAAGAGGAUUAUUGCUACAGCUAAAGCGAGUGGAAGGAAGCCUCCCAAAGUGGCUCUGAAGGUCUCCCCUCAGGGAAUUCUGCUGUUCAGUGUUGGGUCCAAUCAACUGCUGGAGAGCAUCUCUAUAUACAGAAUAUCAUAUUGCACAGCAGACAAAAUACAUGACAAGGUGUUUGCUUACAUCGCUCAGAACCAACACAAUGAGACGCUUGAGUGCCAUGCGUUCCUCUGUGCCAAGAGGAAAGUGGCCCAAGCAGUAACGCUUACUGUAGCCCAGGCUUUCAGAGUGGCCUUUGAUUUCUGGCAGGUUGCCAAAGAAGACAAAGAACAGCAAGUGAAGUCGGCGUGUGCUUUGGAAACCGAUAGUAGCAUGAAUCUUGACACAUCAGUCAACAUGGUCAACCUAAAAGGGGCUGAUGGAGCAACAGGAAACCUCUUGGAUUUUGCUGAAUCUCAAGACACAGUGAUGGAUAAUACAGACAGUCAAGCGAACCUUGAGAUGGAUGAUGGCCUGGAUGAAGCCUUUUCAAGAUUUGCAGAGGCCCGUACUCAGGUCCUGGACAUUGGGCUGACCCCUCUUGAACACUGCUCUGACCCAGAAACCAACAGUAACGAUUCUAGAGCUGAUGACCACAUUUGCCCUUGAGAGAGGAUUGUGUGACUACUAGGAUGGCACCUGCUGGAUGACAAGUCAGGGUUUUCAUCCAUAAACUAUUACAGGAUCACAGCUUUAGAUAGACAAACUGACCACAUUUGAACUUGUCUCAAUCCCUCUAGUAAUCAAGCCACAGCAACCUCUCCAGUAACAAAACAAUACUAUAGGAUUUUCGUAUAGUUUAUUCUAUAUUCACAGAGCAUAUUCGUUUUUCACUUUUUUUUUUUCCACAUUUGUUCAAUUUGCUUUGUAUCUAAUGUAUAGCCUUCAGAAUUUAAAUUAUUUCCAUGGUUCUCAAAAUGGCCAAAUUUCCUCUGUAUAUUUGAGCGGGUUUUGUCCAUCUUGAACAGACACAUGAAAUUGCAAUGAUAUGAAAUGAUUUGUACAAUUGAAUGAUUGAUUGAUUUAAAAUAAGGAUGGGGGGGGUAGUUUUAGUCGAGAUGAACAAGCUAAAACUCCCACUCUCCCCUCCAUUAGACUCAUUAGGAGGUGUUUAUGAUGAUUACUUUCUUCAGUGACCCUUCCAGAUGUGGAGUAAUGUUUGUAUGGAAAUGUAAUAAACGUAAGAAUCAUC